AUGGCCAAUCGGGAUCUGUACUCCCGGCAGCUGCUGCAACCACUGCUGGAUACAUUCCACUCGACGCUUCCGAUAGAGCUGCGCAAGAACAUAUAUGACUAUCUGAUGAUACAUGUCAAUACUGCUGCACGUGUCGUCCUACCAAUACCCGACGUCUCCGAUGAACACCUCUUUCCGCAAUUCCCCAUCUUUGACGAAGACAUAAUGGGCCCCGCAGUGAGUGCUGAGAUCAAGGAUACAUUUAUAUGCAAAACCUCCUUCUACUACCGUGGGCCCCUACACGGUGUCGAUCUCGAUAUGUUGCUUGACCACCCUCUCCCUUCCGGCAGCCUCAUGCGCGACCUGAUCAGACAUCUCCGAGUCUACGUACGUUACGAUUCACUCCCAUACGAGAAGGAUCUGAGCGGAGAAGAGAAACGGAUGCGCUCUCGAGCUUCAUCCCGGGUGUUCGGUGCAUCGCUGGCAGCGCUCUCAAGCAUCACCUACAAAACCUGCAAAGUCGAGAUCGAAAUUUGCGCUCUUGUAACCUUUGAGGCCGAUGAAAAGCCGAUUGCAGCAGCAUACAAUCUUCUUGAGUCUGUGAAGCCUGCCUACUAGUGCAUCAAGACCACCGGCGCCACAGCUACCGUCUGUUUCGAGCAACACUACGAUUGCCUUGGCGCGGAUUUAAUGAGCAUGCUAGAUGCUAGAUACCUGGGUAUAGAGGUAUGUGGGCUCUUAUGCUGACAAGGUG